CAGAAAGCUGUAGGCAUAGGGUAAUGAGAAUGCAUUCGUAGUGAAUCAGAACAUAAUCUUACACUGAGAACAUAUUAAUCCAGCACUAGAUCGUAUAGUAAACUGCAUUUUAUCCUUUUCCGCUGAUAAUUUCAUUACGUCGCUAAGGCACCCCUGUGCAUCUCUUCAGAUGUUUUCCUGGUCGGUGGGGUUUUGCAUGGAGGCUCAGGUGCCUGGUCAGCGCUCGCCUGAGGAGAUGGUGACCAACACUCUGAUGCUGGAGCUGGGCGCGCUGCUGAAACGGGCGGACCGCCUCCACCAGGAGCGUGGCACUGAUGCCCGGCGGCGUCGCUCAAGUGUCGACUACAGUUGGCUGGCCACGCCACACCAGAAGCCGCCUUACGAGCCCAGCCCUGGGGAACUGCUGGAGUUGCAUAGCCUGUGCACCAAGAUCCGCCCCUCGCAAUGCGGCCCUGUCAUUCUCAGGCUCAGGAAGUUGGUGGCAGAGCUCGAGCCAGACGCCCAGGAGGUGCCGCGCAUCCUGCGCAUGAUUCUGUUGGACUGUGUGGAAGAGGAGGAGCAGAGCAAGGACCAAGAGGAGCCGGCGGCAGGCUGCUUGGAGAAGCGGCGCAGCAAGAGCUUGUCCUUCGUCACCCUCCGCUCCCGCUUCCUGGGAGGAGCCUUGGGGGGGUCAUGCUCGUGCCAGCCGCGAGAGGCAAGGCUGUGGCCCGGCGAAGAUGACGACGGGGGUGGCCCACAUUUUAGUGUGGGCUGGAAGACCCGGCGUGUGAGGAGCAUGCCUGAGAUGAGCCCCGUGGAGCAGACCACACAGAGCUGAACGAGAAAUGCAGGAGAAGGAGGGAGAGUAGAAGUGGGAGCAGGAAGUCGGGACCUUUGAGACCAUUUAGGGCAAAGUAGGAUGGGGAGCCCAGGGAACACACACUCUGAACUGGGUUAUAGAGCUACGAAACAUCCAGACUAGCCCAACCUUCUCAAGAAUGCACACUGACACCACACAAAAGGUACGACCGUGUACAGAUAGAAGUAUAUUCCAAGCAGAUUUUCCAUGGGGAUACCAAAACAUGAUCUUCCGAUCUAGUUACUCCAUAACUGAUUAUCUAGUACAGGGUCAUGUUGACUCUGAGCCUGCCCUGAGAGGACAAGGCAGGGGACAGCCUGGGCAGGAUGCGGUCUAGUUAACGUACUCUGUGAAAUACGUGUAAUGAGCAUAGUAGCUAUUUGCAAAAAUAAACAACAUUUUCCAUUAAAUGUCCCCAUUACUCUGAUUGGUCUUUGAAAGGAAUCCAGAGGUCCUCUCGUGAGCGGCAGGACUUUCAAGGUUGGAGUCGUCGCAUUUCCUGCAAUAUGUGUCCUUUACACUCCAGGAAAUACUGUUCUCUUGGUAAUGCUGCUCGCCCGCGCACAUCAGCACAGACUUGCCGCUGGCCUGGUGGCUGGGGUUCAGCCACCCACCACGUCCCUUAUGGAUGCCUCCCUCUUCUCGUUCUGCCACCAUUGGCAUUUGGUGUGUCUCGGUGUUACGCCGAGUACGGGCAGGAAGUACUCGGCUGGUCCGGGCUCAACAGCGACUGCGGGAGGCACUGGGUUUAGGCUAACGCAGUUAUUGCUGACACUGCGGAAUCGAAAUAAACAUACCAUACCACAAACCAUAACUCAUGGAAGUAGGAUCCAGUUACUUGCAGGACGUUCAGGUGGUGCUACUCACUGUAUGCUAAGUGGAGAUCAUCUGAUCACGUUGCAUAACCUGUGCUUUGCCUUGGUCGAAGAGCCAAAGAUAGCAGGGUUGUAAUAGGCUUUGAGACACCAGCGAGACACCGAC